CGAUAGAUCGGUCGAAACCGAUUCUCUCUCUUACCUAAAGCGACGUAUCGAACGCUGUAUUGAAGUUGUAUUCAUUGGCUUCCUGUAUUUCAAGUAACCCUGCAGUUUACCCCAAUGUAUUUUCUCUCUAAUUUCACUUAAAUUUCAUCACUAACAGAAGAAUUUUCGGCUUCUUCUUCGUGGUUGCGCACCUAUAAGCACACUCUUUGGUUCCCAGAAAAGAGCUUAACUCAACUAGCAUCGGCAUGUCUAGUGGAUCAAGAAUUCUGUGAUUCAAAUCCCCACCCCUUGUACUCAAAAGAAAUUAUAGAAUGGGUAGAAGGAAGCAAAAGCAACCUCAUUGCUCUGGGGGAAUAAGAUUUGAAGACCGUGGGGAUCCCAAGACACAACUUGAUAUUAAUGGGGUUGCGGAAACUGCUGCGGAAACAUCAGACAUCAAACUUGACGAGGUUAACGAGCCCAUUUUUGUUGAAGUUGAUCGAAGUGGAUGGUAUUCCAAUGAGCACUAUGAUAUUUCUGAAGUUUUUCUAGUGGAUGUAAGGUUAGAAAACCCUUUUGUCCGUUUUUGCUUGGAUAAAAGUAUUCGUGAGAACUCGAGAUACUCGUUAAGGUUUCGGUUGUGCAAUGUAAAUGGAUCUCUCCUUGAUCGUAUUAAGUUUGGUCAUUGGCCUGUUUUAUCUUCAAAUGAUAUAUUUUUGGAACUUAUUGAGAGAGACAUCGAGGAAGAUGUGAAAGCUUGCUCGGUGGUGUUAUCGGGUAAUUUUGAUGGACCUGAUGAGGCCAUUUCUGGACUUGUUCAUCUUGCAAAUCUGAAGCUUAUGACGUUGAGGCCAGUUGAUGGUGUUUCUUUUUCCCAAAAUACAGGAUCUCUGAGGUUGAGGGUGGAAAUACUAUCGAGUGCUUUUGAUGCUUGUGAGUCAAUAUUUGAUAAUGGCAGGCAGUUGUGGAAAAAGAGUAUGAUGAAUACCAUUGCUUGGUUGCGCCCUGAAGUAGUAUUAUCUGAGGUCAAGUAUGGAGUUGUUAAAUCGACUAAUAUGGACACUCAUUUGCAUCAUGAGCCGGGGGAUGACGCGUCCAACUCUAGAAAACAUGUAAAUUUUGAUACUAUUAGCUUUUAUGACGCCAUUAAGCCAUCCAAAGAUGAACCCGGGCUUGAUGAAGACAUUCCCAAUUUGCUUCCGAAACUAAGACCUUAUCAACGUCGUGCUGCCUACUGGAUGGUACAGCGGGAGAAAGGAUUUUCCGGAAAUUCAGGUUUGGGGGAAAAUGUGCAGCUUAUAUCUCCCUUGUGUAUGGCCCUGAAAUGUCUUAACACUUGUUUGAGAGUGUUCUACAAUCCUUUCAGUGGAAAUCUUACUUUGAAUGCAGAGCAAAUUUUGCCACAUGUUUACGGGGGUAUUCUAGCUGAUGAGAUGGGUCUAGGAAAAACUAUUGAGCUACUGGCAUGCAUACUUUCUCAUCAGAUGUCAGUGUUUGAAGGUGGAAAAGGGUUUGAUGUUGAAGUCCGACAGCUUGUUGAAGAUCAGAGAACUGAAUUUAAAAGAUUGAAAAGGGAGCGUGUUGAGUGUCUGUGUGGAGCUGUUAGUGAAAAUUACAGAUACAAAGGGUUGUGGGUGCAAUGUGAUAUUUGUGAUGCAUGGCAACAUGCUGACUGCGUUGGUUAUUCACCUAAAGGAAGAAUUGUCAAACCCGUUGACACUGAGGAUGGGAACAGUAGAAGGGAAAAGAGAAACAAUAAGAAUACAUUAAAUGUAAUUGUUAGAGCUGAGGAACAUGUCUGUACACCUUGCUUAGAGCUGAUGCAGGCUACUGAUUCUCCAAUGGCUACAGGUGCAACUCUAAUUGUCUGUCCUGCUCCCAUAUUAUUCCAGUGGCAAGCUGAGAUUUUACGUCAUACUCGUCCAGGUUCAAUAAAACUACUUGUCUACGAGGGAGUGAGGGAUACUUCUCUUUUAGGCACAUUGUCUGUUCAGAUUAACGAUCUUAUCAACUCUGAUAUAGUCUUAACAUCAUAUGAUGUGCUUAAAGAAGACCUAUCACAUGAUUCUGAUAGGCAUGAAGGUGAUCGUCGCUUCAUGAGAUUCCAGAAGAGGUACCCUGUUAUCCCUACCCCUCUCACUAGGAUAUUUUGGUGGAGGAUUUGUUUGGAUGAGGGACAAAUGGUAGAGAGCAAUGCUACUGCUGCUACUGAAAUGGCUUCACGACUUUAUGCUAGUCACCGCUGGUGCAUCACAGGGACUCCCAUACAAAGGAAACUUGAAGAUUUAUAUGGAUUACUGCGAUUUCUGAAAGCAAGUCCAUUUAAUGUUCAUAAAUGGUGGGUUGAAGUUAUAAGAGAUCCAUAUGAGAGGAGGGAUCCUGGUGCUAUGGAAUUCACACACAAAUUCUUUAAGCAAAUAAUGUGGCGUUCUUUAAAAAUACACGUUACAGAUGAAUUGCAGCUACCUCCCCAGGAGGAGCAAGUCACUUGGCUAAAGUUUUCACCAGUUGAAGAGCAUUUUUACCAGAGGCAGCAUGAAACUUGUGUGAGUUAUGCCCGUGAAGUUAUUCAAGGUUUAAAAGAUGAUUUUGUCAAAAGGAAAGUCCCAGGUUAUUGUGUUUCUUCUGAUAUUCCAUCUGAUCUUCUUGUCACCCAUGCCGAUGCUGGUAAGCUGCUGAGCACACUUUUGAAACUUCGCCAAGCUUGCUGUCACCCACAAGUAGGAAGUUCGGGACUACGCUCAUUGCAACAAUCCCCAAUGACAAUGGAGGAAAUAUUGAUGGUCCUUGUUAGUAAGACGAGGAUAGAAGGAGAGGAAGCUCUGAGGAGGUCAGUUGUUGCUUUGAAUGCACUUGCUGGAAUAGCUAUUAUUGUGAAGAAAUUUUUUGAAGCCUUCUCACUAUAUAAAGAAGCUCUAGAAUUGGCAGAGGAGAACAUUGAAGAUUUUCGCUUAGAUCCUCUAUUGAGCAUUCACAUCCAUCACAAUCUUGCUGAGAUACUUCCAUUAGCCGUGAACCAGUCACAAUCUCGUUUAAAAGAUCAAUUUUGUCCAAGAACUUGCGAAGUGAAGGCAUCCAGGAUGGAUGACUCUGAAAAGUAUGUUGGUCAUGUUCAUAUCAUGAAGAAACAAAAAGUUAGUGAGACCCUGUAUGCUACUUGCAGUGAAGAUAAUACAGGGAAGAUGAUAGACCAUCCUCUUCAGCUGACAGGAAAAGAUACAAACGCCAAAAAGGAAGAAAACUAUGAGCCCCAUCGGUCAAAUAGUUACUUUGAUGAAAUAUUCGUAAGAAAAGUAUGUGAGGUUAUGAGGCAGAAAUAUCUAGCUGUCUUUUCCUCAAAGCUAUCUAUUGCCCAGCAAGAGUUCACAAAGUCCUACAUGCAGGUUGGAAGUGAACUCAAAGACAGGGAAAAUCUUAACGACGUUUGGUGGUUAGAAGCAGUUCACCAUGCUGAACAGAAUAAGGACUUCUCUCAUGAGUUGAUAAGAAAGAUUGAAGAGGCUGUAUCUGGAAACCUGAACAACUCAAAAUCUAGAGUUGGAUCUCGUUUCCGCAGCAUUAGUGCUUUGAAGUAUCAUGUUCAGAGUGGUUUGGACCUUUUGGAAGCUUCUAGAAAAGUGGUGCUGGAUCGACUUUUAGAAAUUGAUCAGACCAUGGAAAAUCCAAAAGAAGAAGAUAUUGAACGUGUUAGGUACUGUCGAAAUUGUCAGGCAGACAGUAAUGGACCACCUUGUGUUCUUUGUGAACUAGAUGAACUAUUUCAGGAAUACGAGGCAAGACUUUUCCGGCUUAAUAAAGUACAAGGAGGAAUGGUUACUUCUGUUGAAGAGGCUGUUGAAGCUCAAAAGAAGAAGUCAGCACUCAACCGUUUCUAUUGGAGUCUAUUGCAGCAAGAUAAGAACUCAAGUUCAUCUAAAGUUGGACAUGAAGAACCUAACAAAAGAGAUGUUGGAGAAAAAGUUAUGGUGUCUAAGCAUCCUUCCGAAUUGGAGGUUGUUCUUGGUGUUAUCAAGAACUUCUGUAAGACGCAACUAGGAAGAGAAAGUAUAGCAGCAGCCAACAAGCAGCUACACCUUCUGGAGUACAUGCGAAAGGAGUAUGGACAUGCAAGGUCCUUGGCCAUUGCACAAGCUCACGUUUUGAAUGCUCAUGACGAAAUUAAGAUGGCAACCACGAGAUUAUGCUUAAGGGACAAUGAUGAUGACAGCUCAGCUUUUUCUAUUAGUGAGCACGAGUUACCUGCAGCUAGUGUCCAGUAUUCUAGCGAUAAGUUCAUGUCCUUGGCUAUGUUAUCACGUGUAAAAGGAAAGCUUCGUUAUUUGAAGGGUUUGGUGCAAUCUAAACAGACCAUACCGUUACAUAGUUCCAGUGAUCUAGCUUUAACUCAAGAACCGGCUAUCACGUCAACAGCUAUGGAACAAAAGAAUGAGAACACAUUGAAAGCUGAUGAGGAAUCAUGCCCUAUUUGCCAAGAAAAACUAAGCAAUCAAAAGAUGGUUUUUCAAUGUGGACAUAUUACAUGCUGUAAAUGUUUGUUUGCAAUGACUGAAAAAACACUGCAUGGUAGUAAAAUUCAAACUAAAUGGGUGAUGUGCCCAACCUGUCGCCAACACACAGAUUUUGGGAAUAUUGCUUAUGCUGAUGAUAGUAAAAAUGAAACACUGGAUCCUUCAACUUUGCUCGAAACUUCUAGAAAGCAUGAAAUGUCCAUUACAGUUCAAGGUUCCUAUGGAACAAAGAUUGAAGCAGUUGUAAGACGAAUAUUAUGGAUCAAGUAUACAGAUUCAGAAGCGAAAGUUCUAGUUUUCUCGAGUUGGAAUGAUGUUCUUGACGUUUUACAUUAUGCAUUUGCUGCCAACAACAUUAGCUUUAUCAGGAUGAAAGGAGGCAGAAAAUCUCAAACAGCCAUUAGUGAAUUUAGAGGACAGAAGAUUAAUGCAAAAGAAAAUAAGAAGAAACGGCUAUCGACAGACUUGCCAGAACUAAGAUCUGCUCAGGUUCUAUUGCUCUUGAUUCAACAUGGAGCUAAUGGCCUAAACCUUCUAGAAGCUCAACAUGUUGUCCUUGUGGAACCACUUCUCAAUCCAGCUGCAGAAGCGCAAGCAAUUAGCAGGGUACACCGAAUUGGACAAGAAAAUAAGACGUUUGUGCACCGAUUCAUAGUUAAAGACACAGUGGAAGAGAGCAUAUACAAGCUAAACAGAAGCAGAGAGAGCUCCUCCUUCAUCACUGGAAACGCAAAGAAUCAAGAUCAGCCUUUUUUGACGCUUAAAGAAGUGGAGUCUCUUUUUGCAUCCAAAGCAUCGCCAUUGGGGGAAAAUGAUGACAAGGGAAGUGAAACGCUAAGGCAGUUGGCUCCUUCUAUGGCUGCUACUAUAGCAGCUGAGAGAAGACUCAGAGAGCACACCACAUAGGAUGAUUUUUUCUUAGAUAAUAAAUUAUUUAGUCUUAGAAUAUUCGUUUCUAAUGAGGAAAGUGAAUAAAGUUGUUUAUUGGCCCCAUUAGUGGCAUCACCCCAUUUCCCUUAACACGCCCUUCUAUUUCUAAACUAUUACAAAAAUCAUGCAUAUAGAGUCUUUGUUAGGUUGAACGUUAAGUUGAAAAGUCACUAUGGUUCAGGUUUAAAAUUAUUGUACAUUAUUUUUUCA